AUGCUGACAUGGACUACUUGCAGGCUGAUGAACGCAUGUGUCGCGUUUCUUACUGGCCUCCGUCUGCUGGGGAGCAACGAGGAUUUUUUCUGCAAAAAGCCACGCGCUGAUGCGCCGUGGCUGAUCGUUGCAUGGAUCAUGAAUAUGUGUGACUCCCUCAAUAUUGAUGGCACAACGAAGCCAUCGACCCAGGACCGCGGAACAUAUGGUCAUGCACAGAAGAUGCGUGCGUCGAUGACAUAUGCUUUCGGGAGGCUCAAUGGUCUGGGCAACAUGCCCUGGCAUGAGUCGGAUGCCGGAGGUGGGCUUAUGGUUGGCAACCCGUCGAUAUCUGUCGAGGUGUCAUCGUACAUGUGCUCCCUCCCUGGUGAAGUUGCAAAUAGUGCUCGUGCCAUAACAUCGGUGAGCUGCUUCUGGCCCUUGAAUGACUCACCCAUUACUCAGUUCUUGCAGGAUAUUUUGCUCAAGUUUGCACGUACUGACUAUCCUGUAGAGAUCAAGCCAUUUCACCUGUGGUCCCUUCCAUCGUGCGAAGCCCAUAUCUGCCCUGUUAGAGCACUUGCUGCCUGGUUGAGCGAGUCCAAGAUCACAUCAGGUUACUUGUUCCGAAAGAUCGCGUCCGGUGACCGCAUAGCAGAAGCAAACUCUCCAAUGGUGAGUUCCUGCUGUAUCCUACUAGCUGUACAAAUUCCUGAUGCACGAUGUCAGUCCUCUGAGCAGUUCCUGGAGUUAUUUCGCAACAAUCUGCUGGACAUCAACAUUGACCCUGCCCCUUAUGGUACCCACUCGUUCCGGAGGGGUGGCUGUCAGUACCUCCACGUCGAAAAAAUGCUGGCCACUAAGGAGGAUAUGUGA